AGCGCGAUGCCGUGGUUGCGCCGCAGCAUGGUGCCAAGCAGUGCACGGAGAAGUGCGAGGCAGACUCACAGUGUCCCUGGGGACAGAGGUGCAUCCACACCAGCUGCGGCCGCGUCUGCAUGGACAUCCCCGGAG